AUAAGAUAAGAAGGAGAGGAGGGACUGAAAAGCAAGAGAUAGGAAAGGGGGGUUGGAAAAGGUACAUAUAGGGGGAACAACAGGAAGUGGCUUUAGUACUAACCUUUUUUGUUUCAGGAGCUGCUUGUAGCUGAUGCAGAAGAAGUUGCUGAAGAUGACGGCCAGAAGCAGGAGAAUUCCCAAACGGUUCCUUACAGAUGAUGAGACCCUCUGGAAGACGAGAGCAAUCCGGGCUCAGAAGAGAUUGAAGCUCCUGGAAAAAAGGCAGGGAGAGAAACAGAAGAAGCAGGAGACGGUCUUGGAGCAGAAGGCAGCGGUAACCCCCCCUGAGAGAGAGCGGAUGCAAGAGGGUAACAAGAGAGACAAAGUGGGUAAAGUGAACAAUGGAGCAGGUGACAAAGAGGUCGAAGGGAGCACGACAGGGCCGCAGGGAAUGGCGGCAGCAGACAAGGAAGGACAAGACGGGCAUCGUGUGAGCCAUAAGAAACACGGUAAGCAAAUGUAUUAUAGUGACAGUAGUGAAUCUUCGUCAGAUAGUUCCACGGAUGAUGACUUUGAGGAUGAUAAGCGUAAUGGGAGGGGGCAUAGAAAAAUCUUGAAAAUUGUAAGAAAGUUAUAUGCUAAGCAAGAGAAAAAUAAGGUGGUGAAGGAAGGGUAUGAGGACGGGGACAGCAGUGAUAAUGUGGUGAAUUUAGACGAUGAAGUAGCAGCGACCAAGCUCUUACCCCUUCCCACACAUUUAAAAGCGAAGGUUGUUAGGAAAGCGCAGAGAGGACGGUAUGUGGAUGUGUUUGAAAUGACUAGGGAAGCUUUGGCGGUCAAAUCUAAUGAGGGAAGGGGGAGAAGGGCAAAGCAGACAUUUCCAGAAUGGGUGAAAGGGAUGGUCAUAUAUGCAGAAUGUUUUCUAACGGCCAAUCCAGAUAAGAUGAAAGGGGUGCUGAGAUACAUACAUUUAAUAGCGGAAUGCUACACCACAUACGGGGGUUUCGCAUGGAAGGAUUAUGAUAGGGAAUUUAGGAAAGGAAAUAUACAAUUGGGAGGUAAAGGUAGGAAGGAUUUUGGGGUAAAAAUACUAGAUACAUGGACGAGGGUGAUGAAGGUCCCUGAAGCACAAGGUAGGCCCAUAGGGCAAGGGAAAACAUUCAGAACAGAGGCAAAGGAAUGCUGGGCGUUUAAUGACAAGAGGUGCGACAGGGGGAAUUCAUGUAAAUAUAAGCACGCAUGUAGGCAUUGUGGCGGAGCGCACCCAGGAGUGGAUUGUAGGAAGGGUAAUGCCAAUAACAAUAGCAAGUUUUCCUUUCGAGGGCACGGGGGCAACGGUAGCGGAGGAGGAAUGGCGGGUAAUGGCCAAAACACCGCUGAGGGUAGAUAGGAUCAUUGAGGAAUUGGCAAUGUACCCGCUGAAAGAGGAAAGGAUUUUGUUAACAAACGGUUUGCGUGUAGGUUUUGUGGUCCCAGUUAAAACAGAAGUUAAAGGGGCUAUGCAGGCGAGAAAUUUAAAAUCUGCAGCAGAAUUUCCAGGAGUACUAGCGGAAAAAUUGAGGAAGGAGGUUAAAUUGGGGAGAAUGGCAGGGCCAUUCAAAGAGAAGCCGUGUGCUGACUUGAUUGUGUCCCCCCUGGGAGUAGUUCCCAAGAAAGAGAAGGGUAAAUACAGGAUGAUACAGCACCUGUCCUACCCCAGGGGGAAUUCAGUCAACGACGCAAUUGACAAGUUGGAUUCUUCAGUGCAAUAUCAAUCAUUUGAUAGUGCGGUAAGAAUAGUGAAACGGCUUGGAAAAGGGGCGUUGAUGGCAAAGAUAGAUGUGGAAUCUGCUUUUAGGUUAUUGCCUUUGAACACAGCUAGUUUUAAUUUAAUGGGUUGUAAGUUUGAUGGUGAUUAUUACAUAGAUAAGUGUUUGCCCAUGGGGUGUUCGGUUUCUUGUUCAGUUUUUGAAAAGUUUAGUUCAUUUUUGCAUUGGUUGUUUACAGAAAAAACAGGAUGUGAGAGUAUGUCUCACUACUUAGAUGAUUUUUUGGUGGUAGGCAGGAAAGAGACAGGGGAAUGUAGAAUCUGGAAGGAAGAGCUAGAGGCAAUGUUCAAACAGUUGGGAGUGCCAGUAGCAGCGGAAAAGUCGGAGGGGCCGGGUACGAGGCUGGUUUUCCUGGGUAUCAUGAUAGAUUCCGCAAAGGGGCAAUGCGAGCUCCCUGCGGAUAAGAUUGAGAAGGCGAGACAUAUGAUAAAAACGAUGUUGAAAAGGAAUAAGGUGACUCUUAGAGAAAUGCAGAGAUUGCUGGGGGUUUUGAAUUUUGCGUGCCGGGUAAUACCGGUGGGUAGAUUAUUUAAAAGAAGGUUGGAAAUGGGGACAAAAGGGGCAAAGCUGCCCGAGCAUAUGGUGCGCGUCAAUAAGGAAAUGAAGGAAGACCUCAGAGUGUGGGAGGCAUUUUUAGAUGAAUUUAAUGGUAUCAGGAUAUGGGAAGAGGCAAGGUCAGUGGAAGAAUUGGAGUUGUUCACAGAUGCAGCAGGCAGUGCGGGGUUUGGAGCGUAUUUGCAAGGUAGAUGGAGCGCGGGCGAAUGGCCCGCAGAUUGGAAGGAAAAAGGGUGGAUAAAGAACAUGACUUUGCUUGAAUUGUUUCCCAUUAUAGUAGCGAUAGAGCUGUGGGGCCAUGUAUUAGAGAACAAAAGAAUCAUCUGUUGGUCCGAUAAUAAGGCAGUAGUGGAUGUAAUGAAUAAUUUGUCGUCAUCAUCUAACCCGGUUAUUAAGUAUUUGAGAUAUUUUGUAUUAAAGUGCCUUAAGCACAAUAUUUGUUUUAAAGCACAGCAUAUACCAGGGUACAGGAAUAUUGUAGCAGACGCACUGUCAAGGUUUAAAUGGGAAAUAUUUAGGAAGGUGGCUCCAAGGGCAAGGAAGGAAGGUGAACCCUGCCCUGUUCUUCUUUGGCAGAUUGGCAACAAAUAGACGGAAUCAGGGAGAUGGUAGAGAAGUCCGUGGCGCCAAAAACGUGGGCCGUAUACAAGAAGUAUUGGGAGCGGUGGUGCGAAUUUAACAAGAUUAUAGGU